AUGCCGCUUAUGCUGGACAAUCCCAUGCCAGUGGACCUCAACGAUGUUGAUGACCUUUUCGGCGAUGCCGUCGGUGUCGGCCUUUCUCUGUCGGGACGUGUGCAAAGCAAACAGCUCCAGCAACGGAUGGACGAUAUUAGGAUCCGAGGAUGUUGCCAAGCGGUAGCAUGGUCAAGGACAGGCUCAAUCGCCAACAUCACCCCCGAUGGCCAGAACGUUGAACUUCGCUACUUGCGACGUUCUCCAGACGAUGGCUCCUGGGACCUGAGCGAUCCUACCACUUGUCCCUUUGCCAAGGGCACUCCAACAAUCCCCAUUUCCUACAAUAUCAUGUACGGGCCGGCAAACAAACAGCACAACGGAUAUACUUAUGAAAGUUCAUUCGUUCACCACAGCGGGCCAUCUCACCCAAACCCGGCCAAGAGCGCUCUGUUGACCAUCACUACGCAUGGUGUUCUCAGGAUGAUCUGGUCACAAAACAACAGUCGAGUUGAGGAGACGACUAUAGAACUCGAAAGUAUAAGCGCUUCCGAUGAACUCAUCACACACGCAACCUUUACGUCUGAAAAGAAACAUCUGCUCCUUGCACUUGCAACAACUUCAAAACAAUUGAGGCUCGUCAAGAUCGAGAUCCAAUGGGGCCAAGCUUCUCAAGCGGACAAGGUCCCAGGAAGACCUGCAGGAAACCUGAGCCCGUCUUUGGUUGAGAAACACUUGGCUACCACGAACUGGCUUCAGGGCGGCCCUGGUGAUUCUAGUAUUGACGCGUCAAUGAUCGAACUCUCCCACCUAGAAGUUCUUCCCUCUCUCCUGGAUAAUACUGGAAAGAAUCCCACGUCACCUAUGGUCGUCACAGUCAAGUCGCGUACCUCCAGUGAGGGAUCCUACCAGGCUGCACAAAGUGUCCUCGACCGUUGGGAGGUUGUUGAGCAACGGCAGAAUCUAUCGUCAGCUUGGGAGCAGCUUGGCAGCCGACGAAACAGCAUUUCCUCAGAACUACCUCCUGUCACGCAACUGCGCAAGGUCGCACCUAUUACGUCUAACAAAGUUGUAGUUGCGUUCCAUACCCUUACCUUCGGCAAGAUCUUGGUGCUUGCUUUCGCAGACGGCACAGUAGAGUACCGCGAUCGACUAACAUUCGACGAAAUCUACACAACUCAGGAAUUCAACAAGAUUAUGAACCUUCGACAAGUUGGAUGGACAUUUACAGACGAAGUGCCUUGUCAACAAAUUGCCUUCUCGCCCACAUAUUGCUCAAUGGUGCAAAUGGGUGAAGACGGCAAGAUCAAAUGGACUAAGCUGCAUUACCCCAACGGUGAUAUUGGAAACACGAUGCAAGAUGCCAAUUAUGCUGGUAGCAUUGCUGCAUUAUCCGUCACUGCUGCGCCAGCCAUGUUUCACCAGAACAACUACGAUGAUAUACUUGCCAUUUACUGCCUCAGCAUCAUGAACGCGCUUGGGUUCCGUGGUGAUCUCAGUCCCCGAUCGUUCCUAGGCAAAUUCUCCAUGCUCUUUCUGAACGUCCGGAACGUGGUUGUUCUCAUUACUAUUGCCAGCAACACGCCUGUUACGGUUAGAGAAAAGCUCAGUCCUUUGGACGAACCUGAGGUCAUGGCGACACUUGUUGGCUGUGCAAAGUGGGCACUUGAUCUGAUUGCCUGGCUUAUGGACUCUCUAUUUGAGCUUAUGAAUGACAGCCAUUUCCAAUCACUGUUGACUCGGGAGCGCUUCAGCGAGGUGGCUUCUUACCUUCAAGAGAAGAACAACGUUGCCCUUCACUUCUUAAUGAGCUCAUCUAGUCGAGGGUUCCUUUCAGCAGUUUGUCGAAGGCUGGCACACUUGGAAGGAUUGAGUGGCCGGGCCAUCGAGUUCUAUAGGAGGCAGUCAGCUGUCGUUGAGGGUGCUUCGGGCAGGGCGGCCCCUCAGCUGCAACAGGCAUAUCAGGCAAUGCAGCAGGUGACUUCAUCGGCACUCGUCAAGGUUUCCGAAGUUGAAACUCUCCUCACCGAGCUUAGCAAGGAGAUACGACAAACCUACCAAAUCUUCCUGCCAAGCUUCGUCAAGGGUCAGGCGAACCCGCCACAGGGAAAGCAAAUUGACAUGGCAGUCAAGUCGACUCGCUCGCAGAUAGAACUCUCCAUGCUUCUGUCAGGAUCACCCCCUUCGGCGUUUAUCCAGAUCAUCAAGAAGUUCUUCGCCACAGACCUUCCGUUGUUUCGAAAGUCUGUGGAUCCGGGCCGACUGUUUUUUGCAAAUUACGAUCUUCUCGAGGUCCAGGAUGACGAACACAGCUUGGCGGCUAAGAAGGCACGGGGUACGCUGUACGUCGAUGUAUUCAAGCGGAUGCAGAUCAGACCCUCCCCCAACAAGCAGUGGAGGCGGUGCUCGAGGUGUACUGCUGUGAUGGAGGAUAUCUUUGGGAGUAGACCUGGGUUCACGUUUGUCCUGGCACAGCAACGCAAGUGCUCUUGUGGAGGACAAUGGACAUUGCUUCCUAAAGGAAAUGUUGCGUGA